CACACAAAAAUCCAAACCAAAACCCCUUUGACAAGAAAAUCAAACACAGAUUAUUAAACAAAUUCUGAAAAAGAAUUCCCCCUACCCAAGUCACAGAACCCUAUAAAAAUCACACACUUGCAGGUUAGAACGUGCAAGCUAAGUCCAAAGCUCUUCAAAAAAAAAUCAAAAUCCAUGUCAUCCUCGUCGUCUAUCAUAACUCUCCAGCUCCUACUCUUUUUCAUUGUGGUUCCCAUCUCUUCAUUAGCAAAAAAGCCACACGUCAUCCAUUUCCGAUCUCCCAACCUCUACCCUGAAGGCCUUGCCUACGACCCAUCCGCCCAACACUUCAUCGUCGGCUCUCUCCACCACCGCACUCUUCACUCCGUCUCCGACGCCGGCGUUAUCGAAACCAUCAUCUCCGACCCCUCCCUCCCUCCUAACACCACCAUCCUCGGCCUCGCUGUUGAUAAACUCAACAACCGCCUCCUAGCUGUCAUCCACUCCUACCCUCCCCUCCCUCCAUUCAACGCUCUCGCCGCUUACGACCUCCGCUCACGUCAGCGGCUCUUCCUCUCCCUCCUCCCCUCUAACCCCUCCGAUAACAACCGCCGCCCCGUCGCCAACGCCGUUACCGUCGAUUUCAAAGGCAACGCUUACGUCACCAACUCGCUAGGAUACCCGGAGGGGAACUUCAUAUGGAAAGUCAACCCUGAAGGAGAAGCCUCGAUUUUCUCGAGAUUUCCGCUUUUCACGCAGUUCCCGGUGGACCGCGACGCACCGUAUAGUUACUGCGGGCUGAAUGGGAUCGCUUUCGUCAGCAAGGGGUAUUUGCUGGUGGUGCAAUCAAACACGGGCAAGUUGUUCAAAGUCGAUGCUCUCGACGGGACGGCACAGAAUGUUUUGUUGAACGAGGAAUUGCCGUUGGCCGAUGGGAUUGCGAUAAGGGGAGACGGUGUCGUUUUGGUUGUGUCGCAUGAGAAGCUGUGGUUUUUGAAGAGUGACGACAGUUGGGGAGAGGGAGUGGUUUAUGACAAAACUGACCUUGAUGUGGAGAAGUUUGCUACAUCAGUUGUAGUGGGAAGAGAGGAUAGGGCGUAUGUGUUAUAUGGGAGUGUGUUGGAGGGUAUAACGGGGAAUGGAGGGAGGGAGUGGUUUGGUAUAGAGGAGGUGAGGUCUGAGAAGGAGAAUGAAGAUGAGAAAAUGUGGGUGUAUGUGUUAAUAGGGUUAGGUUUGGCAUGUUUUUUAAUUUGGAGGUUUCAAAUGAAGCAGCUCGUCAAAAACAUGGAUAAGAAGACCAAUUGAUCUUGGUUUUGUGGUAGUUUGUUUCUUUGCGCUGCUCGGUGCUGGAAUGAGAAUUCAUGAGCUUCUCUGUUGUUCACACUUUUCAUUUCAACAAAACCCUAUUUUACAUUGCCGUCGGUCAAAA